CCAUAAUUUCGGCCACGCCGCCAUUAAACCUCAAAGAAGAAUCAAAUGAAGUGACACGCUGUCAGAUUACAUUCUCAAAUAAAAACGUUUUGGUCCAGCCUCAUCAGUCACUAAUAAUGCCGCUGCAGCAGAGUCCUGUGUGGUUUCCCACCGACCUCACUGUCACCAACAGAUGUAUAAUGUACAAACUGCUCGUCUUGGAGGACGCCAGGAAAACACUGGACAAACAACUACGACAUUUAACCGAAAAGGCCAACGUGGAAGUCCGAAGCUUCCUGAGCGCGCCUCAUCCUAUCAAUAUGCUGGACAACCUCGUCAGGUCUUUGGAUGCUAAAUGUUAUGCCAUUGAGAAACUUUCAGCUGCACUCAAAAACCUGACGACCGAUCCACAAUUCAGUGCCCCAGCUUCCACCAGACCCCUAAACAGCCUGUUGCAGCCAGCGCUAUCCAGAGACCGAGGCAUCAUGACAUCGUCAGACGUGCUGAAGUUUGGUCCCAUGCUGCAGAACGUCCUCAUGGCCGGCUCCAUCACCAAGGCAGUACAGAUGCUGGGAGCCUUGCCUGCCCUACAGCAACUCAAACUCUUCUGCUCCUCUUCCUCCUCUCAAGAUGAAGACUUCCAGAAGGAUCAGGUCUUUAUAUGCAGCAAAGUAUCAAAGCUCCCAAUCCCCAGCUCCUCAACCAGCGUAGCCAGUCUGAAUCUGACCAAAGACAAUGGGAUCUUUAUCUCCAAGGAGAAGACACCGCAGCAGCCAAAUACAACGACGGUUACAACCUCUCAAAUCAAACAAACACCUGGAGCAACAGAUCUAGACCUACCUGUCCCAGGUGAGCUCCUCUCAGGGUUCAGUAACCCAGCCUACCAGAUGACAGCCCUGGCUCCACCUCCUCUAGAUUCAGGAAGUGACACCAGAGUGCAGCACCAGAAGCAAACUUCCUCUCAGCUCAUGCAAUUCCUGCGAACCAAUUGCAGGAAUGAGCCGUUCAUGGAGUUGGCCGCUUUCUUCCAGCACACCAGCUACUACCAGUACACCUCUGAUUCCACUGCCCCGGCAAUGACCUCUGACCCCCUCCCGGAAACAAAGCAUGCCCAGGAAACCCAGAAUGUUCUAGAAACUAAGAACCACAACGUCAGCGUCCCAAAGAAGGAGCUGUUUUCAGAGCUGCCAGAUAACCAGCUGAACCAAUAUGCCCCAGUGUUCACAGUAAAGCGUGUGGAGUCUGGAGGCUCUCUGAUCUUCAGCUGUAUCAUUGCCACCAAGACGGAGCUCUGGGACAUAGGAGACGUCUUUACCGAGGCGACAAGGAUCGGUCCUUCCUCUGACGUCGUCACCACCUCGGAGAACAAGAUGUCUGCCGCUAGUCUCCAGUGUCGGAGUGUAGAGAUCUCUAAUAAGACCCUCCAACCCCCAGCUCCAUCCAUCCACAGCCUACAGAUCAAAGAGGGACAUGUGACGGGGGAGGUUCAGGAAGAUAUCAACAAUAUCAGUCUGACUCCAGAACUCCAGAGAUUCCAGAACUGUAGUUCCUUGGUUACCCCAGGCAACCAGUGUCUGAACAUUCCAGAGUUCCAGAUCCGUAAGUUUGAGGAGAUGGCGGUGGUGGUGAGUCACGUGGUGCAUCCUGGGAACUUCUACAUCCAACAGGCCGACGCCACCCUCCAGCUGGAGGACCUCAACACUGAUAGUUUAGCAGAGCUGAAGUGUACUCCAGACAUCGGGACCUACGUCAUGGCUUGGUUCCCCCAACAGGAGAGGUGGUGUCGGGCACAGGUGGCCAAGAUAUGUGGCAUGAGUGGAGACAUCAAUGAGGUGGAGGUGAGGAGGCUGGACUACGGAGACACUUCCUGUCUGUCUCUAUGUAACAUCAAGGAACUCAGUGCUGAGAUGACAUCACUUCCUCUACAGGCCAUACAGGUCUCCCUGGCUAAUGUGCGCCCAGUGGACGUGUGUGGCUGGACCCAACAGGCAGUAUAUUGGUUCAGAGACAUGGUGGGCAACAGGACGCUGUACGCACGGCUCUACCCUCAGGGAGAGAGACACGACCCCAUGGUGGAACUCUUCAUGGAGAAGGGAAAACUGGGGUCCAUGAGGAGAGGAGCCUCUCUGUCUCUGAGACUGGCUCAGAAUGGACAUGCUAAACAUGACAAGCUGAGGAACCUGGGAUUCAAGAGAAGUAGUGCACAGGAGCGAACCAAGAAAUGUCAGUCUGCCUGGAACAAGCACCUUAUUUCCUGUUACACCCAGAAUAAGAACUGUCAGGCCAACUCCCUGGUCUGUUUCUGCUGUCAGGCCAACUCCCUGGUCUGUCUCAGCCAUCAGGCCAACUCCCUGGUCUGUUUCAGCUGUCAGGCCAACUCCCUGGUCUGUUUCAGCCGUCAGGCCAACUCCCUGGUCUGUUUCAGCCGUCAGGCCAACUCCCUGGUCUGUUUCAGCCGUCAGGCCAACUCCCUGGUCUGUUUCAGCCGUCAGGCCAACUCCCUGGUCUGUUUCUGCUCAGAGGCGUCAACAUUAAACAGGCAUUCCACCGGCAUCAGCGGCGUAAACAGGCAUUCCACCGGCAUCGGCCGCAUCUGGCUGUCUGUCAUCUUCAUCUUCAGAAUCCUGGUCCUCGUGGUGGCGGCCGAGUCGGUCUGGGGCGACGAGAAGUCUGGCUUCACCUGCAACACCCAGCAGCCCGGCUGCAACUCCGUCUGCUAUGACCAGUUCUUUCCCAUCUCACACAUCCGCCUGUGGGCCUUGCAGCUCAUCCUGGUGUCCGCGCCUGCUCUCCUAGUGGCCAUGCAUGUAGCCCAUCGCAGACACAUCAACAAGAAGAUCCUGAAGAAGUCCGGGCGCGCUUCCCCUAAGGAGUUGGAACAACUCAAGAACCAGAAGUUUGCGAUCGCAGGCGCCCUCUGGUGGACCUACAUGAUCAGUGUGCUGUUUAGGAUCAUUCUGGAAGUCUGCUUUCUUUAUAUAUUCUACUUGAUCUACCCUGACUUCAAGAUGUUCCGUCUGGUCAAGUGUGACUCGUACCCCUGCCCCAACACUGUGGACUGCUUCGUGUCGCGACCCACGGAGAAAACCAUCUUCACCGUGUUCAUGCUCUCCGUGUCGGGGGUGUGUGUUCUCCUCAACCUGGCCGAGGUGGCCUACCUGAUUGGCAGAGCCUGUCUGAGGUGUAUCCAUGGUAACCAGGAAGAGACGAAGGUAGCAUGGAUCGGUCAGAAACUGUCCUCCUACAAACAGAAUGAAAUAAACCAGAUGAUCGCUGACCAGUCGAAGUUCAAGUUCAACAUGGGAGCUAGGAAAACCUCUAUGGAGAAGGGAGAGAGGUGUUCUGCUUUCUAAUAGGCUGCCCUGGAGGGAGAGGGGUGUUCUGCUUUCUAAUAGGCUGCCCUGGAAGGGAGAGAGGUGCUCUGCUUUCUAAUAGGCUGCCCUGGAGGGAGAGAGGUGUUCUGCUUUCUAAUAGGCUGCCCUGGAAGGGAGAGAGGUGCUCUGCUUUCUAAUAGGCUGCCCUGGAGGGAGAGAGGUGUUCUGCUUUCUAAUAGGCUGCCCUGGAGGGAGAGAGGUGUUCUGCUUUCUAAUAGGCUGCCCUGGAAGGGAGAGAGGUGCUCUGCUUACUAAUAGGCUUCCCUGGAAGGGAGAGGUGCUCUGCUUACUAAUAGGCUGCCCUGGAAGGGAGAGAGGGGCUCUGCUUUCUGAUAGGCUGCCCUGGAAGGGAGAGAGGGGCUCUGCUUUCUGAUAGGCUGCCCUGGAAGGGAGAGAGGGGCUCUGCUUUCUGAUAGGCUGCCCUGGAAGGGAGAGAGGGGCUCUGCUUUCUGAUAGGCUGCCCUGGAAGGGAGAGAGGGGCUCUGCUUUCUGAUAGGCUGCCCUGGAAGGGAGAGAGGGGCUCUGCUUUCUGAUAGGCUGCCCUGGAAGGGAGAGAGGGGCUCUGCUUUCUGAUAGGCUGCCCUGGACGGGAGAGAGGGGCUCUGCUUUCUGAUAGGCUGCCCUGGAAGGGAGAGAGGUGCUCUGCUUUCUGAUAGGCUGCCCUGGAAGGGAGAGAGGUGCUCUGCUUUCUGAUAGGCUGCCCUGGAAGGGAGAGAGGGGCUCUGCUUUCCGAUAGGCUGCCCUGGAAGGGAGAGAGGGGCUCUGCUUUCUGAUAGGCUGCCCUGGAAGGGAGAGAGGUGCUCUGCUUUCUGAUAGGCUGCCCUGGAAGGGAGAGAGGUGCUCUGCUUUCUGAUAGGCUGCCCUGGAAGGGAGAGAGGUGCUCUGCUUUCUGAUAGGCUGCCCUGGAAGGGAGAGAGGUGCUCUGCUUUCUGAUAGGCUGCCCUGGAAGGGAGAGAGGUGCUCUGCUUUCUGAUAGGCUGCCCUGGAAGGGAGAGAGGGGCUCUGCUUUCUGAUAGGCUGCCCUGGAAGGGAGAGAGGGGCUCUGCUUUCUGAUAGGCUGCCCUGGAAGGGAGAGAGGGGCUCUGCUUUCUGAUAGGCUGCCCUGGAAGGGAGAGAGGGGCUCUGCUUUCUGAUAGGCUGCCCUGGAAGGGAGAGAGGGGCUCUGCUUUCUGAUAGGCUGCCCUGGAAGGGAGAGAGGUGCUCUGCUUUCUGAUAGGCUGCCCUGGAAGGGAGAGAGGGGCUCUGCUUUCUGAUAGGCUGCCCUGGAAGGGAGAGAGGGGCUCUGCUUUCUGAUAGGCUGCCCUGGAAGGGAGAGAGGGGCUCUGCUUUCUGAGGCUGCCCUGGAAGGGAGAGAGGGGCUCUGCUUUCUGAUAGGCUGCCCUGGAAGGGAGAGAGGGGCUCUGCUUUCUGAUAGGCUGCCCUGGAAGGGAGAGGGGUGCUCUGCUUUCUGAUAGGCUGCCCUGGAAGGGAGAGAGGUGCUCUGCUUUCUGAUAGGCUGCCCUGGAAGGGAGAGAGGGGCUCUGCUUCCUGAUAGGCUUUCAAGUCCUAGUUCUCACUCCUUUUCACUGCUUCAAACUAAAGAACUAACUCCAUCUAGUCAUAACGCCAAUCAUCAUUUAUUUCUUGCUCCAUUUAUUCGGGUGACUGGUGCUAGGUUCUGGUAGGAUAUGAAGAACAAACAGACCCAGACAGGGGGUAUUGGAUGGGCCCCCAAAAAAUAAAACUAACCCGGACAAACUCUAUGCUGGAUUGGAGGGAGAAUUUUGUUUCAUCGUGAUCGACACAGUCACUGUUUUCUCACAACCUUGGGGCAGGAACUAGUGGAUAAAGGAACAUUUGUUUCAGCACAUGACUUGACAAACCCAUUGUAUUGGAACUCACUGUUUCACUCCUACAGCGGAGAGACUGCUCCUACAGCGGAGAGACUGCUCCUACAGCGGAGAGACUGCUCCUACAGCGGAGAGACUGCUCCUACAGCGGAGAGACUGCUCCUACAGCGGGGAGACUGCUCCUACAGCGGGGAGACUGCUCCUACA